ACCAUUUGGAGUUGGCCAUUUCAAGAAUAGCAAACUAUUCAAGCAAUGUGCCAAAAGGCAACAAAAAUGUUAAUGAACUUAUGCCUCCAAAGCAGUUACAACAACAACAACCAAAGGAACCUCUCUCUCUGCCAGGUCUCUGGAUGGGCGGUUGCAGGUGUCCCACAGGAAGGGCCUGCCCCAUGUCAUCUACUGCCGUCUGUGGCGCUGGCCCGACCUGCAGUCCCACCACGAGCUGCGGGCCAUCGAGCUCUGCGAGUACGCCUUCCACACCAAGAAGGAUGAGGUGUGUGUCAACCCCUACCACUACCAGAGGGUGGAGACGCCAGGUACGGACAACUGUCCCUUCUCAUUUUAAAGAUCAUGAGAGGUUCAAUGAGAUUCGCUUCAGUAGCAUGUAUUGCACAUCUUUUUAAAUGUAUUAGCUCUAUGACAACUAGUUUGACAGAUGUGGGAGGCUUAGCUCUUAUGUUUAGGCUAUCUAUAACUUCUAUAUUUACAUUGUAGUCAUUUAGCAGACGCUCUUAUCCAGAGCCACUUACAGUUAGUGAGUGCAUACAUUAUUCAUACUGGCCUCCCCCGUGGGAAACGAAUCCACAACCCUGGCGUUGCAAGCGCCAUGCUCUACCAACUGAGCUACAUCUGUCAGUGUGUUAGAGAAACAAUGCACCGUGUGUCUGUGCAUUUCUGUUCUUUCUGUUUCUGUCUGUGUGUGAUAAAUGUCUAAUUGUGUGCAUGUCUGCAGUGCUGCCCCCUGUGCUGGUUCCCAGACACACAGAGAUCCCCAGUGAGUUUCCUCCCCUGGACGACUACAGCCACUCCAUCCCAGAGAACACCAACUUCCCCGCCGGCAUCGAGCCACAGAGCAACUACAUACCAGGUGAGAUAUCAGUCCUAUAAACAGUGAGACAAGUCUACAUACCAAGUGAGAUAUCAGUCCUAUUACUGCUGAGACCAGUGCUAAAGGAGGUGAGACUAGUCCUCACACAGAUUCCUAGAGCAGGUGAGACCAGUCUUGAUUUAUGAAGCACGUUAUAGAAGUCUUAAAGUGGGUGAGACUGGUUUAAGUGAGACAAGUUUAAAAUGAGUGUAAGGUCGGUGAGAACCGUCUUAAAAGCAAGUUAAAAUCCCAUUCAAGCGGACAAGACAGGUGAGUGGCGGAGACUGGCAAAGAGUUUGCAAUGCUUGACCUUGUUUCACACAGCUCAGUGUCUGGGAUUGUGUCUUGUCUGCCCGCUCUCACACAGUCUAGUUGUGACAGCCAAUGGUUUUUAUUCAGUCACUUUUUCUUCAGUUCUCCUCCUGGCUAGUUCCUCUCCUGGCUAGUUAUCAUCCCCUCUAGCCCCACCCCCAUCCCCUCUAGCCCCACAUCCCCUCUAGCCCCCUCUAUCCCCUCUAGCCCCCCCAUCCCCUCUAGCCUCCCCCUCCCCCAUCCCCUCUAGCUCCCCCCCCCAUCCCCUCUAGCCCCCCCAUCCCCUGCCUAGCCCCCCCAUCCCCUCUAUUCCCACUCUAUACCCCUCGAGCCCCUCUAUCCCCUCUAGCCCCCCCCACAUCCCCUCUAGCCCCCCAUCCCCUCUAGGCCCCCCCAUCCCCCUCUCGCCCCCCAUCCCCUCUAGCCCCCCAUCCCCGCUAGCCCCCCCAUCCCCCUCUAUCCCCACAUCCCCUCUAGCCCCCCAUCCCCUCUAGCCCCCCAAUCCCCUCUAGCCCACCAUCCCCUCUGCCCCCAUCCCCUCUAGCCCCCAUCCCCUAGCCCCCAUCCCCUAUACGCCCCCAUCCCCUCUAGCCCCCCCCAUCCCCUCUAUUAGACCCCCAUCCCCUCUAGCCCCCCAUCACCCUCUAGCACCCCAUCCCCUCUAAGCCCCCAUCCCCUCUAGCCCCCCCAUCCCCUCUAGCCCCCCAUCCCCUCUAGCCCCCAUCCCCUCUAGCCCCCCAUCCCCUCUAGCCCCCCAUUCCCCUCUAGCCCCCCCAUCCCCUCUAGCCCCCCCAUCCCUCACCCUCUAGCCCCCCAUCCCCUCUAGCCCCCCAUCCCCUCUAGCCCCCCAUCCCCUCUAGCCCCCCAUCCCCUCUAGCCCCCAUCCCCUCUAGCCCCCCAUCCCCUCUAGCCCCCAUCCCCUCUAGCCCCACAUCCCCUCUAGCCCCCCCAUCCCCUCUAGCCCUUUAGCCCCCCAUCCCCUCUAGCCCCUCAUCCCCUCUAGCCCCUCAUCCCCUCAUAGCCCCCCAUCCCCUCUAGCCCCCCAUCCCCUCUAGCCCGUUAGCCCCCCAUCCCCUCUAGCCCCCAUCCCCCUCUAGCCCCCAUCCCCUCUAGCCCCCAUCCCCUCUAGCCCCACCAUCCCCUCUAGCCCCCCAUCCCCUCUAGCCUUAGCCCCCCUCCCCUUAGCCCCCCAUCCCCUCUAGCCCCCAUCCCCUCUAGCCCCCCAUCCCCUCUAGCCCCCCAUCCCUCUAGCCCCCCCAUCCCCUCUAGCCCCCCCAUCCCCUCUAGCCCCCCAUCCCCUCUAGCCCCCAUCCCCUCUAGCCCCCCAUCCCCUCUAGCCCCCCAUCCCCUCUAGCCCCCCCAUCCCCUCUAUCCCCCAUCCCCUCUAGCCCCCAUCCCCUCUAGCCCCCCAUCCCCUCUAGCCCCCCAUCCCCUCUAGCCCCCCAUCCCCUCUAGCCCCCCAUCCCCUCUAGCCCCCAUCCCCUCUAGCCCCCCAUCCCCUCUAGCCCCCCAUCCCCUCUAGCCCCCCAUCCCCUCUAGCCCCACAUCCCCUCUAGCCCCCCCAUCCCCUCUAGCCCCUACCCUACCUUCAGACAGACACUAGCAGAGGUGUGAGCCACAUCAGCAGACCGGAUGAACAGUUGCCAAACACACACACACACACACACACACACACACACACACACACACACACUGAGUCCAGAGGAGGUGGGCAGCCUCUGCUUGGCACAAACGAUGUCUGUGGUGCCUUGAGAUGCCAGACCACCAGAAGCAGACACUGCCUCAUGGAGACCAGACCAGCACAUGGUCCGUUACUACCUCUGGAGGACAAAUUGACCCCCCUGUUACAGGCUCUCAGGAGUAGAACUAACUCAGUCAAUACAUUCCACCUGGCAGGAGUAGAACUAACUCAGUCAAUACAUUCCACCUGUCAGGAGUAGAACUAACUCAGGAGUAGAACUAACUCAGUCAAUACAUUCCACCUGGCAGGAGUAGAACUACCUCAGGAGUAGAACUAACUCAGUCAAUACAUUCCACCUGGCAGGAGUAGAACUAACUCAGUCAAUACAUUCCACCUGUCAGGAGUAGAACUAACUCAGGAGUAGAACUAACUCAGUCAAUACAUUCCACCUGUCAGGAGUAGAACUAACUCAGUCAAUACAUUCCGCCCGUCAGGAGUAGAACUAACUCAGUUCUACUCCUGACAGGCAGAAUGUAUUGACUGAGUUAGUUCUACUCCUGACGGGCGGAAUGUAUUGACUGAGUUAGUUCUACUCCUGACAGGCAGAAUGUAUUGACUGAGUUAGUUCUACUCCUGACAGGCAGAAUGUAUUGACUAACUCAGUCAAUACAUUCUGCCUGUCAGGAGUAGAACUAACUCAGGAGUAGAACUAACUCAGUCAAUACAUUCCACCUGGCAGGAGUAGAACUAACUCAGUCAAUACAUUCUGCCUGUCAGGAGUAGAACUAACUCAGUCAAUACAUUCUGCCUGUCAGGAGUAGAACUAACUCAGGAGUAGAACUAACUCAGUCAGUACAUUCCACCUGGCAGGAGUAGAACUAACUCAGUCAAUACAUUCCACCUGUCAGGAGUAGAACUAACUCAGUCAAUACAUUCCGCCCGUCAGGAGUAGAACUAACUCAGUCAAUACAUUCCACCUGUGUUUUCUACUGGUUUCCACUUCCCUUCCCUGAAUAAAAGCAUUGGCUGAGAGUUUAAUGAUAGAGGGUGUUGUUAAUAUGCAGAUGUGGAGCCAUGUUGGUCCAUGUUAUUAGAAGAACCUACCAACCAUAAUGGUUGUUUACUCUGUUUAGUGUGGUUUACUAAUCGUGUGUGUGUGUGUGUGUGUGUGUGUGUGUGUGUGUUUCAGAGACUCCUCCGCCAGGCUAUCUCAGUGAAGAUGGGGAGACCAGUGAUCACCUGAUGAACCACAGCAUGGACACCAGCUCACCCAACCUGUCACCAAACCCAGUCUCUCCAACACACAGCAAUUUAGGUAAGUGUUAGGGCUGGGAAUGUCCAGGGACCUCACAAUACAAUAUUAUCACCGUAGUUAGGUGCCGAUUCUAUAUGGAUUGCGAUUUGAUACUGCGGUUUUAUUGCAAUUUGAUGUUCCAAACAUAUUGCUCACCAUAUGUCUGCUGCAGAGAGACGAGAAGGCAUGAUCAAUUAUUGGUAUUUAUUUUUCGCCGCAGGUACCGCUAACGCAAACAUUUUUUGCUAUCUGGCCGUAUGUUUGUGGAUGUUUAUUUGUGAGAUUGAGACACAAAGUGGUGUGUGAGACAAUGAGAUUGUGUGUGUCUGCGCUAACUAGCGGACAAGCGUUGCACCUCAGCCCUCCCUCGGGAAGCCAGUCCACCGCUCCGUAUUGUAACAGAGGAAGCCUGGUCUGCUCAUGAAAGGCCUUUGUCUCGGUCCCAUCUGAGCCCAGAGCUGGCCAACACAGUCAACCCACACUAACAUCAAUAAUAAUAUCCUGUUGGUUAUUAUAUCAGUGUGGAAAAUCACUGUGGGGUUUCGGGCCCAAGCUACUGUAGAAAAAACAAAUAGACUGUGCCUUCACAUAGGCCCAGUCAGUACACUGUACUUCAAAUAGACUGUGCCUUCACAUAGGCCAAGACAGUUCACUGCUCUUCAAAGGCAAAUGUUGAAGUAGUUAGAAUGGAAAAGUAAAAAAAAAAAAACCCUUGCUGUUACGAGAACUGUGCAAGCGUUUCCAGAAUGUUUUGGUUACGGAACCCUGUAAUUUGCCAUAGGCUCCACUGUCUCCACAUUUCUGCUUUGUGCUUCUGGGAGCUGACUCUGCGCUUAUCUCUCUCUUCAGUCUCCCUCCAUCUUUAUGUCCUCUACUCCCCUGGCUCUGCUGUUAUCUCUCUCUUCAGUCUCCCUCCAUCUUUAUGUCCUCUACUCCCCUGGCUCUGCUGUUAUCUCUCUCUUCAGUCUCCCUCCAUCUUUAUGUCCUCUACUCCCCUGGCUCUGCUGUUAUCUCUCUCUUCAGUCUCCCUCCAUCUUUAUGUCCUCCUACUCCCCUGGCUCUGCUGUUAUCUCUCUCUUCAGUCUCCCUCCAUCUUUAUGUCCUCUACUCCCCUGGCUCUGCUGUUAUCUCUCUCUUCAGUCUCCCUCCAUCUUUAUGUCCUCUACUCCCCUGGCUCUGCGCUUAUCUCUCUCUUCAGUCUCCCUCCCUCCCUCCUGUCCUUCCCCACCUCUAUCUCCUCUUCCUUCCCUCCCUCCCUCCUGUCCUUACCCACCUCUCUCUCCUCUCCUCCUCCCUCCCUCCCUCCUUCCCCACCUCUAUCUCCUCCUCCCUCCCUCCCUCCUCGUCCACUCCUGUUCUGUCUUUUACUCUGUUCAAUACAAUUGAUUGUUUACAUGAAAGAAGCAAUCCAAAGUUGCCAAAGCAAUACAGUACAACAAGUCUCUCGUUCACACUUUAUUUGGAUAGUCCCAUAUAGAUGAUCUUUGUAAGGGUAGGGGUAAAGGUUAGGGUUAGUUAGUUAUGUUGUUGACGGUAAUUCAACAUCUAUUGAACAUCUACACUACCGGUCAAAAGUUUUAGAACACCUACUCAUUCAAGGUUUUUUCUUUAUUUUUACUAUAUUCUACAAUAGUUUAAGACAUCAAAACUAUGAAAUAGUAGUAACCAAAAAAGUUUUAUUUUAUAUUUGAGAUUCUUCAAAUAGCCACCCUUUGCCUUGAUGACAGCUUUGCACACUCUUGGCAUUCUCUCAACCAGCUUCACCUGGAAUGCUUUUCCAACAGUCUUGAAGGAGUUCCCACAUUUGCUGAGCACUUGUUGGCUGCUUUUCCUUCACUCUGUCUUCCGACUCAUCCCAAACCAUCUCAAUUUGGUUGAGGUCGGGUGAUUGUGGAGGCCAAGUCAUCUGAUGCAGCACUCAUCACUCUCCUUCUUGGUAAAAUAGCCCUUACACAGCCUGGAGGUGUGUUGGGUCAUUGUCCUGUUGAAAAACAAAUGAUAGUCCCACUAAGCCCAAACCAGAUGGGAUGGCGUAUCGCUGCAGAAUGCUGUGGUAGCCAUGCUGGUUAAGUGUGCCUUGACUUCUAAAUAAGUCACAGACAGUGUUACCAGCAAAGCACCCCCACACCAUAAAACCUCCUCCUCCAUGCUUUACGGUGGGAACUACACAUGCAGAGAUCAUCCGUUCACCCACACCACGUCUCACAAAGACACAGCGGUUGGAACAAAAAAUAUCCAAGUUGGACUCCAGACCAAAGCACAAAUUUCCACUGGUCUAAUGUCCGUUGCUCGUGUUUCUUGGCCCAAGCAAGUCUCUUCUUCUUAUUGGUGUCCUUUAGUAGUGGUUUCUUUGCAGCAAUUCGGCCAUGAAGGCCUGAUUCACGCAGUCUCCUCUGAACAGUUGAUGUUGAUGUGUCUGUUACUUGAAUUCUGUGAAGCAUUUAUUUGGGCUGCAAUUUCUGAGGCUGGUAACUCUAAUGAACUUAUCCUCUGCAGCAGAGGGCACCCUGGAUCUUCCAUUCCUAUGGCGGUCCUCAUGAGAGCAAGUUUCAUCAUAGCGCUUGAUGGUUUUGGCGAGUGCACUGGAAGAAACUUUCAAAGUUCUUGAAAUGUUCCAGAUUGACUGACAUUUGUCUUAAAGCAAUGUUGGACUGUCGUUUCUCUUUGCUUAUUUGAGCUGUUCUUGCCAUAAUAUGGACUUGGUCUUUUACCAAAUAGGGCUAUCUUCUGUAUACCCCCCCUACCUGAUUGGCUCAAACUCAUUAAGAAGGAAAGAAAUUCCACAAAUUAACUUUUAUGAAGGCACACCUGUUAUUGAAAUGCAUUCCAGGUGACUACCUCAUGAAGCUGGUUGAGAGGAUGCGAAGAGUGUGCAAAGCUGUCAUCAAGGGUGGCUAUUUGAAGAAUCUCAAAUAUAAAAUAUAUUUUCAUUUGUUUAAAAAAAAAAUUGGUUACUGCAUGAUUCCAUAUGUGUUAUUUCAUAGUUUUGAUGUCUUCACUAUUAUUCUACAAUGUAAAAAUAAAGAAAAACCCUUGAAUGAGUAGGUGUUCUAAAACGUUUGACCUGUGGUGUACAAAGCAUCUACUUGGGACUAUCUAAAUAAAGUGUUCCCCAUCCCCCUCUGUCUCUCAGACCUACAGCCUGUGAUGUACUGUGAGCCGGCCUUCUGGUGUUCUAUCUCCUACUAUGAGCUGAACCAGCGGGUGGGCGAGACCUUCCACGCCUCCCAGCCGUCCCUCACCGUGGACGGUUUCACUGACCCCUCCAACUCAGAGCGCUUCUGCCUGGGCCUCCUCUCCAACGUCAACCGUAACGCCGCUGUGGAGCUGACGCGCAGACACAUUGGUACUGACAAAUAAACCGCUGACAAACUGACACGUGGCCGAUGCUAGGUCAUUGACAUGAGGGGAAAGUGAAAUGGAAUAGCUUUGUUAGAUGGGAUAACUGGUCAACUUUAGGACUACCCCUACUUACUACCUGAACCACAUGUACUGCCCACACAUGGUAGCCGCAUGAAACAGGAUUGUGGUUACAAGGUCAUUCACACCAAAGUAAAGAGAAAGAGAGAGCAGUUGUAUUAGCUGCUACCAAUACCUUAGGUCAGGGGUGGUAGGGGUUAGGUCAAGGGGUAGUAGGGGUUAGGUCAGGGGUAGUAGGGGUUAGGUCAGGGGUAGGGGUAGGUCAGGGGUGGGUAGGUCAGGGGUAGUCAGGGGUAUUGGUAGGGGUCAGGUGUGGGUAGGUCAGGGUAAGUAGGGGUUAGGUCCAGGGGUAGUAGGGGUUAGGUCAGGGGGGAGUAGGGGUAGGUCAGGGUAUAGGUCUAUAGGGGUUUAGUAGGGGUUAGGUCAGGGGUGUAGGGGUUAGGUCGUGGUUAGUAGUAGGGUCUUAGGUCAGGGGUUAGUAGGGUUAGGUCGGGUGUAGGGGUGGGUGUAGGGGUUAGGUCAGGGGUAGUAGGGGUUAGGUCAGGGGUGGUAGGGUUUAGGUCAGGGGUAGUAGGGUUAGUCAGGGUGUAGGGGUUAGGUCAGGGGUAGUAGGGUUAGGUCAGGGGUAGUAGGGGUUAGGUCAGGGGUAGGUAGGGGUUAGGUCAGGGGUAGUAGGGGUUAGGUCAGGGGUAGUAGGAGUUAGGUCAGGGGUAGUAGGGGUUAGGUCAGGGGGUAGUAGGUUAGGUCAGGGGUUAGGGGGAGUAGGGUUAGGUCAGGGGUAGUGGGUUAGGUCAGGGGUAGUAGGGGUUAGGUCAGGGUGGUAUGGGGUUAGGUCAGGGGUUAGUAGGGGUUAGGUAGGGGUAGUAGGGUUAGGUCAGGGGUAGUAGGAUAGGUCGGGGUAGUAGGGGUUAGGUCAGGGGUAGUAGGUGGUAGUAGGGGUUAGGUCAGGGGUAGUAGGGGUUAGGUCAGGGGUAGUAGGGGUUAGGUCAGGGGUAGUAGGGGUUAGGUCAGGGGUAGUAGGGGUUAGGUCAGGGGUAGUAGGGGUUAGGUCAGGGGUAGUAGGGGUUAGGUCAGGGGUGGUAGGUCGGGGGUAGGUAGUAGGGGGGUGGUAGGUAGGGUUAGGGUUAGGUCAGAGGUAGGUCAGGGUGGUAGGGGUUAGUCAGGGGGUAUGGGCGGUCAGGGUGGUAGGAUUAGCUAGGGUAGUAGGAUUAGCUCAGGGAUAGUAGGGGUUAGGUCAGGGGUAGUAGGGGUUAGUUCAGGGGUAGUAGGGGUUAGCUCAGGGGUAGUCAGGGGUAGUAGGGGUUAGCUCAGGGAAUGGACGUCUGUGUGUACACCAGGGGUGGACUCCCCAGUGGCUGUAGUCCUAGAUUAAGGGUUCUGUCUGUAUGUGUCUGCAGGCAGAGGGGUGCGUUUGUACUACAUUGGAGGAGAGGUGUUUGCAGAGUGCCUCAGCGACAGUGCCAUCUUCGUCCAGAGCCCCAACUGUAACCAGCGCUACGGCUGGCACCCCGCCACUGUCUGCAAGAUCCCACCAGGUGAGAGCUGAGAGUGUGUGUUUGAGAGACAAAAAGUUGACACACAGGAGUUUAAUUUCCACAAUGACUCGCACUCUGUCGUUACUCACCAGCACACGUUGGACACACACCUCAUUCAUUGUCUGACUGUAACGGUUGUCGGAUGGUUGUCUGACAGUUGUGUGACGGUUCCGUAGGCUGCAACCUGAAGAUCUUCAACAACCAGGAGUUUGCUGCCCUGCUGGCCCAGUCGGUGAACCAGGGCUUCGAGGCGGUCUACCAGCUCACCAGGAUGUGCACCAUCCGCAUGAGCUUCGUCAAGGGCUGGGGAGCAGAGUACAGGUAACCAUAGUCCAC